CGUGGCGCGCUGUGGGCGGGGCUCGCCAUCGCGGGGUCCCCCUCCCCGGGGGGGCGGUGCCAGCGUGUCGGGGGCGAGGCCACGGGAGGCCGCUCCCCCACGCCUCCCGGGAGUCUAUAAAGCCAGGCUACACGCGGCCCGCUCGGCUGGACUCCCCCAGCCGUCGCCAGCACCGCCGAGCGGAGCGAGCGCAGCCUCCGAGGGGCGCCGGGCGCCGGAGCCAUGACCCUCCGCCGACUCAGGAAGCUGCAGCAGAAGGAGGAGGCGGCGGCCGCGCCGGACCCCGCUGGCCGGGCUCCCGACUCGGAAGCGGCUCGUGCCGCGCCGGCGCCGGCCCCCGCGGGCCCCCCAGCUGCCGCCGCUCCGCCUGGAGCCCCGGGAGACGAGCUGUACGCGGCGCUGGAGGACUACCACCCGGCGGAGCUGUACCGUGCGCUCGCGGUGUCCGGGGGCACCCUGCCCCGCCGCAAGGGCUCAGGAUUCCGUUGGAAGAAUUUCAGCCAGAGUCCUGAACAGCAGCGGAAGGUGCUGACUUUGGAGAAGACGGACAACCAGACCUUCGGCUUUGAAAUCCAGACUUAUGGCCUUCACCACCGGGAAGAGCAGCGUGUAGAGAUGGUGACCUUCGUCUGCCGAGUUCACGAGUCCAGCCCUGCCCAGCUGGCUGGGCUCACACCAGGGGACACCAUCGCCAGUGUCAACGGUCUCAAUGUGGAAGGCAUCAGGCACCGAGAGAUUGUUGACAUCAUCAAGGCAUCCGGCAACGUUCUCAGGCUGGAAACUCUGUAUGGGACGUCCAUUCGGAAGGCAGAACUAGAGGCUCGCCUGCAGUACCUGAAGCAAACCCUGUAUGAGAAGUGGGGAGAAUAUCGAUCGCUCAUGGUUCAGGAGCAGCGGCUAGUGCACGGCCUGGUGGUUAAGGACCCAAGCAUCUAUGACACACUGGAGUCCGUGCGCUCCUGCCUCUACGGCGCUGGCCUGCUCCCGGGCUCGCUGCCCUUUGGGCCUCUCCUCGCUGCGCCUGGGGGUCCCCGCGGGAGCGCGCGGCGAGCCAAGGGGGACACCGACGACGCCGUGUACCACACUUGCUUCUUCGGGGGCGCCGAACCGCAGGCGCUGCCACCCCCGCCGCCCCCCGCGCGCACGCCCGGCCCGGGCACCGCCGCCGAGGCCCCGGCAUCGGUGCUGUGUCCCGCACCCCGCGCCGCGCUCAGCCGCAGCGCCAGUGUGCGGUGCGCGGGCCCGGGCGGGGGUGGCGGCGGGGGCGCGCCGGGCGCGCUCUGGACUGAGGCCCGCGAGCAGGCCCUGUGCGGCGCCGGCCUGCGCAAGACCAAGUACCGCAGCUUCCGCCGGCGGCUGCUCAAGUUCAUCCCCGGACUCAACCGCUCCCUGGAGGAAGAGGAGAGCCAGCUGUAGGGGUGCGGGUGGGCAGGCGGGAGGUAUUUAUUUAUUUAUUCGUCCUAACAGCCAGUGCAAAAAGAGGGGGCCGGAGUGUCGGUCCAAGGACCCCAGGAGCCCAAAGCUGCGGGAGAGGGUCCUUGGCUAGCUCUGGCCGGUCUGGUCGGUUCACGGCUUGUCUCUGCUGAGAAAAAAGGGAGCCUGGUUGCUUUCUUCUUUCCCCUACACCACAACAGGAUCUCCGCAGGGGGAGAAUAGACACUGGGAGUUGGGAGAGGUCUGGGGGACCAAAGAGGGCUGUGCCAGCCUACAGUCUGGGUCAGCUGUGCCUUGUGGGGGCCCUGUCCCAAGAAGCCUUCUCCUCAGCUCUACUUGCUCCCCAACCCUUCGCCUUGGGGAGAGGAGAUCCGUAAUGGGUCAUUCCCUCCCCUGCACACACACACACACACACACACACACACACACACACACACACACACACACCAAUGGACCAGUGGGUCUCAAGGGGGCAAGGUGCUGGUUACUCCCCUGCAGCCUUGACCCCCUAAGGGCUUAGCCCCUCUCCAGGGGCCUGUAACUAAGUGGGUCUUGCCAGGCAGGGGUCCUGGGUUCUGUGCUCCUUGGGGAGCAGGAAGGAGUUCAUUCAGGUGGGGUGGGGCAGCCUGGACUGUGCCACUGUUUUUUUUUUUUGGCCUAUGUUGCGUCUGAACCACAAACUGUAUAAAAUUGAUGGUUUUUUGCA